AUGUGUCGGUGGAUAACACUUCUUUCGGCUGAUUCAGUAUCUUUAUCGGAUAUUAUUCUGGCUCCCUCAAAUUCUCUCGUGCAGCUAAGUAAGGACGCUUCUUUUCAUCCCGGUUACUCCGAUACGAACAACCAUGUUAUGAACGGCGACGGCUUCGGGGUGGGAUGGUACCACACCAACGUCGCAACAUGUCCUUACGAAGAAAGUGUACACCCAUUUCACACGAAGGGCUUCCACGGAUCCGACGAACAUAAGGGCUCCAGCCAAACUUUAGCAGCGGUCUUUAAAGAUACUCAACCAGCCUGGAAUAAUGCAAAUUUGCGGGAGAUUUGCAUGGCAACCCGAAGCGACUGCAUCAUUGCUCACGUUCGUGCUGCUUCCAAGAACACCGGAGUCAGUCAGGCUAAUUGCCACCCCUUUAAAGCAGGAAGACUAUUGUUUUGCCAUAAUGGACGGAUCGAUAAUUUUUCGCUCAUCCGGAGAGCCAUGAUGGCACACUUAUCCGACGAAGCCUACGUCGCUGUUCGUGGUACGACCGAUUCCGAAUGUAUCUUUGCCAUGAUUCUGACCUACCUUGCUAGAGACGAUAGUGGUGAGCCCUCGCCCUUUGUCCAAACGACUACAUUUGGACACAGUCGUAUUGCUGCGGCCAUUAAGAAGACUUUGCGCACGAUCGAAAUUAUGCUGCACGAGCACGGUCUCACGGAGGGCUACUGCACCUUCAAUUUCUCAUGUACAGAUGGAGAGUCGGUUGUUGUCACGCGCUUUUGCGACAAGUCACCCGAUAUUCCACCACCUUCCCUGUAUUUUGCUUACGGCAAUGCCCAGAGAUUGUAUAGUGAACUCACAAGCGAAGACCCUGUUUCGUUUGUUAGUCAGCAGAGUUCAUCGGACGACAGUUCGUUGGACAAGGCCGAUUCCGACAACGGUAGUGAUACUGAUUCGGAGACGACCUAUAACGAAAAACCAGUUCUUUUAGACAAACUCGAAAGCAGGCCGGGCCGUCUCUUUCCCGAUGUCGAUGCCCAGACGGCCUGCUUUAUUGUGGCCAGCAAUCCUUUGACUCGGACGCACACAUGGCAUCCAAUGCCGCGUAACUCGAUCAUGUGGUGCACGCGUGGAUCCCCUCCUGAGCUUCGUUUGUUGCGUUUGCGCUCUCGCACGGCCUCAAUGCUACGCACGCAUCUGCCCACGAAAGGCGACUUGGGAUUUUCGAUUGUGUCGACGCCUCCGACGCUCAAGGAUCUAGAGUUCAUGAACCUGACGGAAUCUGAUAUUGUGGGCCAGGCUGCCUAG